GAUGGUAUCAUAGCAGGCUCCAAGGCUCUGGACUACUCCAACGGCAUCUUUGACUGUCAGUCCCCUACAUCGCCCUUCAUAGGAAGCCUGCGAGCGCUAAACUUACUGGAAGACCUGAGGGGCAUUCUGGAGCUCAUGGAGACUGAAGAGAGAGAGAGCUUGCGUUGCCAGAUCCCAGACUCCACCGCAGACAGUUUGGUGGAGUGGCUGCAUGGUCACCUGUCAAAUGGACACAUUUCCAUCACCGGUGAUGUUUACCAGGACAGACUUAAUCGUCUUGAAAGUGAUAAAGAAUCCCUUGUGCUUCAGGUGAGUGUUUUGACGGAUCAAGUGGAUGCACAGGGAGAAAAGAUAAGGGACCUAGACCUGUGCCUAGAUGAACACCGUGAAAAACUAAACGCCACUGAAGAAAUGUUACAGCAGGAGCUCCUGUGCAGGUCAGCGCUGGAGGCUCAAAAGCUGGAGCUAAUGGCAGAAGUGUCCAAUUUGAAACUGAAGUUAGCAGCCAUGGAUAAAGAGAGACUGGAUUUUGACGAGAGAUUCGGAAAUGAGGGUUUGAUUUUGGAGAUCAAUGAACUGAGAUAUCGCAUUUCUGAGAUGGAGAAUGAACGGUUACAGUAUGAAAAGAAAUUGAAAUCCACUAAGUCGCUAAUGGCCAAACUCUCUAGCCUGAAACUGAAAAUGGGCCAGAUGCAGUAUGAGAAACAGAGGAAGGAACAAAAAAUCGAGGCCCUCAAGGAGGAGCUGGUUUUAUUGAGGAGGCAGCAGGAGGGCAGAGAUGUGGAUCUGCGGAGGCUGCAGGAUGAGAGCGGCUCCAGAUCCUCAACGCCUGCAGGCCUCGACGGCACUGACAGAGUUUUCCAUACAGAGGAAACAUUAAAAAAGAGGCUCAAAGAGAAACAUAUGGAAGUACAGAAGAUGAAGAAGGCAAUGGAGUCACUGAUGGCGGCAAAUGAGGAGAAGGAUCGCAAGAUUGAAGAGUUGCGGCAGUCACUAAUGCGUUACAAGAAAGUGCAAGAGAUGGUCAUGUCAGCCCAUGGGAGAAAAGAAAAGGUCAAAGAAGGAGACAGUGAUGAGAGUAACAGCGACAGCUCCCUCUCCAUGUCCACCGCUCUCUCCUUCUCCAUCGACACAGACAAAUCUCUGCUCGCGUACACAGAGGAAGCUGCCAGAGCUCAAAAUGAGGCCUCAACAUUCGUCAGUACGCUCCAAGUACCAUCACUCGCAGUAUCAUCACCAGACAAACCAGACAGCGACUCAGUCCUGGAACACAUGCAGUCGAGUGAUAAAGAGUGCGAGGAGCCAAAUCAGUCACAGGAGACCCCAUUUCAUGAAAGUCCCGAGACUUCGGAGAUCACAAAAUCAGGGAGCCAAGGGAACCUCGAUGGAGGAAUCAGUGAAAAGAGCAAAACAUUUGAUGAGUUCAACAAAAUCACUACUCUGCCACCCAAAUCCACAAGCUCUUCUGGUACUGCUGAAGAUGACAGUUUUGGCACCAGGAAAAUGAGAUCAUCCUUUGGACGGGGCUUUUUCAAGCUCAAGGGUGGCAAGAGGACUGCCAGCGCCCCAAAUUUAUCUGAGACAGAGAGGGACGGCACUGACCAUCUGGAUCUGGCAGGCCUGCCGCAGAGGUCCGCUGACAGCGACAGCACACAUACUCUGCCCAUUUCACCAGAGGCCAAGAAGAAGUCCAAAGGAAUCAAAGCACUCUUUGGAAAGCUCAAAAGAAGUCAGUCAACCACAUUCAACCUGGAUGAUAACCUGUCAGAGAGUGAGUUUAAACGUGGUGGAGUCAGAGCUACUGCUGGACCCAGACUGGGAUGGUCACGUGACCUGCAGAACACCAACAGUGAUCUUGAUGCCCCAUUUGCACGCUGGUCCCGGGAGCAGGUGUGUGACUGGAUGCAGGAGCAGGGAUUGGGACUGUAUGUGAGUUUGGCAAGGCAGUGGGUCUCCUCUGGGCAGACGCUCCUGCAGGCAUCCCAACACGACUUGGAAAGAGAGCUGGGAAUUAAACACCCACUACACAGGAAGAAACUCCAGCUGGCCCUGCAGGCUCUGGGCUCAGAGGAAGACGAUAACAAGGGCAAACUAGACUACCACUGGGUGACAAGGUGGCUUGAUGACAUCGGCCUCCCGCAGUACAAGACUCAGUUUGAUGAGGGACGUGUGGAUGGACGGAUGCUUCACUAUAUGACUGUGGAUGACCUGUUAUCUCUGAAAGUGGGCAGCGUUCUUCAUCACCUUAGUAUUAAAAGAGCCAUCCAGGUGCUCCGGCUUAACAACUACGACCCAAACUGCCUGCGGCGAAGACCCUCAGACGAGAACAACAUCAGUCCUGCUGAGAUCUCUCAAUGGACAAACCACCGCGUGAUGGAGUGGCUGCGGUCUGUUGAUCUGGCUGAAUACGCACCCAACCUGAGAGGCAGCGGAGUACACGGAGGACUGAUGGUGUUGGAGCCUCGCUUUAAUGUGGAGACGAUGGCUCUGCUGCUGAAUAUUCCCCCCAAUAAGACUCUGCUGCGGAGGCAUCUGGCCACCCACUUUAACCUGCUGGUGGGUUCCGAGGCCCAGCAGCUCAAACAGGAAUGUUUGGAGAAUCCAGAUUACACUUUACUCACUGCCACGGCUAAAGUCAAGCCACACAAGCUGGCAUUUGUGGGGUUUGGGAGAAAAAAGAAGCAGGAGGACAAUGAAGAGUAUGUGUGUCCCAUGGAUGUGGAGAUGCCCAAAGGACGCAGCUUCCAGAAGGGUUACAGAGGCAUGGAGCUCCAGAUCUAUGAUGAUGACCUUGAUCGACUGGAUCAGAUGGAGGACUCUGAAGGCACAGUAAGACAGAUCGGUGCUUUCUCUGAGGGCAUCAACAACUUAACGAGUAUGCUGAAGGAGGACGAGUUCUUCUUCCCCAAUGCCAGCGUGAAGGAUGACGACUCCAACGUGUGAGGAGGGAACACUGACUCUCGCUGCUUUAAUGCCAACUGACUGUGCCAACACCUCCAUAUGAAUGCCAAAUAUACACGUCAGCUCCACGAAACACCGUUUCAAAGUAUUUAUCACGUUACAAUUUGCCUUCUAAGAACAUUGUAAUAAGAAGAGAGUUUGAAGAAUGUCUGCCCUGUUUUUUACCAGAUUGUUAGUGGUCCUGUUUAUUUUAUGCUAAGUUUUUUUUCUUCCUAAAAUGAAAAGCAGUCCUACUGUAGUUUGCAGGUCAUUUUUUAAAUCAUCUUCCUGGAUAAAUCUGUGACGGGUUGUUACAUAUAUCGGUGUUUGUGCCCAUUGUUAUGGUGGCAGAAGAGCACAAUGACACUUUCAGUCAAAAUCAAAGAUAUAUUUUAUAAAAUGAUGGAUAAGUUAAAGUUGUACACUGCUAAUAUUGAUACUAGCCUUAACCUUUAAUAUGUGGCAUCCAGGUGCGUUCUUAAACAUGUGAUGUUAAAAGUUUAGAUGUUUUGGACUUGUACAUUUUCUUUUCAUAAGCCAGUAUAUGCAGAAAUAAUGCAUAUGCUUAAAGCAUUUGCAUGCAAUAUUCUGUACAAUAUAUUUGACAUCUUGUUUGUGAAGGUUUGCAUGUUAUUUAAGGCUCAUUUGGAUAAAAUGUUUAUACUUUAAUGAGCGUUUAUUCGGAUUUAUUUUUCCACUGCUGCAGUGCUUAAGGGAUAGCAAUGUUCUCGUUUAUGAAAAUGCUAUCAUGUAGCAUGAAUAUUUAAUGCAAUACUGGCAUGAGCACACCAUUGUAAGCAGCUGGGAUUUAUAUUUAAAACAAAUAUAUAGUGCCACUCAUAACCAUUUCAGAGUUACAUGUUUGUACUUUGUUGAUGUUUACUCGUUUUUUUUUUAAAGGUGAAUAAAAGAUUGAAAACAU